UGACGCAGGGCAGGGCGGGGUUCUUCUCCCGGUCCGGCCGCUGACGCUCGGCGCUCGGCACCCCUGCAGCGACGGCCCCCGGACCCGCCGGCUCCGCUGCUGCUGCCGCCCCUGGGCACCCCGGCCGCGAUGGGCACCCGCGACGACGAGUACGACUACCUCUUCAAAGUUGUCCUUAUUGGAGACUCUGGUGUCGGGAAGAGUAAUCUCCUUUCUCGAUUUACUCGGAAUGAAUUUAAUCUUGAAAGCAAGAGCACCAUUGGAGUAGAGUUCGCAACAAGGAGCAUCCAGGUCGACGGGAAGACAAUAAAGGCGCAGAUCUGGGACACGGCCGGGCAGGAGCGGUACAGAGCCAUAACGUCAGCAUACUAUCGUGGAGCUGUAGGUGCCUUACUGGUGUAUGAUAUUGCUAAACAUCUCACAUACGAAAACGUCGAGCGAUGGCUGAAGGAGUUGAGAGAUCAUGCCGACAGCAACAUCGUCAUCAUGCUCGUGGGCAACAAGAGUGACCUGCGUCAUCUCAGGGCAGUUCCCACCGACGAGGCCAGAGCCUUUGCAGAAAAGAAUGGUUUGUCAUUUAUUGAGACAUCUGCUCUAGACUCUACAAAUGUAGAAGCUGCUUUUCAGACAAUACUUACAGAGAUAUACCGCAUUGUUUCCCAGAAGCAAAUGUCAGACAGGCGUGAGAAUGACAUGUCUCCAAGCAACAACGUGGUCCCCAUCCACGUGCCACCGACCACUGAGAACAAGCCAAAGGUUCAGUGCUGUCAGAACAUAUAGAGUCUCACUCCCCCUGCAAGGCUGUGUAUAGUUCAUUUCCCAGGUCUGAGAUUUAAAUAUAUUUGUAAUUCUUGUGGUCACUUUGUGUUUUAUUACUUCCUCAUACUUAUGAAUUUUUCCAUGUCUUAAGUCUUGAUUUUAGCUUUAUAAAAAUUAUCCUCUGUCCCAAACGACUGCAGCUUUUUUUUUUUUUGUUAUGGCUUCACUAGCCUUAGUUUAAUAAACUGAGUGUUUGGAUUCCUUUAUCAUUGUUUACUUCCCACUGUGGGCGCCUGUCCCACCAUAGUACCUGAUCACUUGAAGCUCAGACCUGUCCGGUCUUGAUCAAAUCAAACUAAGAUGGCUUUAGAAAUAAGCUAUUAUUUUGCCACAGAGCAACUUACAAUUAAUACACUCUACUCUUUAGUGCAGAUCUAAGAAUUGCCCUAUAAAAACAUAAGAAUUUUGAGAGCUUGACAAUUUUUCCAUUAUUUUGGAAGUCAAUUUCUAAAAUGCCUUAAUAGGGUUAGGUAGCUUAGUAAAUUUUGUUUUGUAAUUUCUGUAAGCAUCAGAGUUGAUUAGCGAGGGGGCACCUUUCUGGGCAAGAAUUACCUUAAUUCACAAAAGAUCUGUUACGGUUUCAGUCACUGCCUGGUUAUGGGGCCGUAUCUUCAGCUGCUGCCUGGUAGGCUGGGAGCUGAGAGACAGGUGGGAUUCCGUCCGAGGGGCCUCUCUCCAGUGAUCAGGCAGCCAAAGUCAUUUACCUUAUCUAACUCCCAGCAGUAGAUUAUGUGGCAUUUUAUUGCCCGGGCAAUAACUCAUUUAGUGCUCUAGUAUCAAAUUGUUCAUUUUGACUUAAAACCUUCCAGUAAAUGAAGUGCAACCUAGUUUUAUUACCAUAUCCACCAGCAGGCAUGGAUAAUUAUUUUAACAAUGCUAAUUUUUGAGUUUUGCAGCAUAUUAUGGAAUAGGAUUAGUUAAAUAUCUGGUUUCAGUGUAUCCGAAGAAUGUGGUGAAAGGUUAAUUUCUGGUCAACUGGUAUCAUAGGCAUGUAUUCUUUCAGUAUGUACAACGAAAUAGUUCCUUGAGUUUAAAUAGAAUGCAUUUAGGCAUUGUAUAAAACUGAAGUAGUUUUCCUCCACUACCUUAUUGAAAUCAAUGGAGCAAUCAGUUUCUCAUACAGAAAUGUACACACUAAUACUUAGUUUACUUUCUUGUCGAUAAUAUUAAGCACUUACUCUGUAGUGUUCUGAAAGUUGUGUCCGCUGAAGUGAUGCUAUUCAGAUGGUGGAGUAUCCCAAAAAUACCUGUGUGUGUGGGCUUGCAUAGAUGACUAUGUUCCAUAGUUAAUCUUCUGUCUGUGGCGGUGCUCAUGACGUGUGUGGGUGGGGCAUGCACUGAAGGCAUUGCUGUGCUGUCAUUUUGGUUUUCUUCUGUAGCCAUUUUAUUAUUUUAGUGUAUUGGUUAUUGAAGAUACUAUUUGUAAACUGCUACUUUGUAUUUUAUGCAUGCUCUGUAACUUGAUUUUUUUCUUUCUUUUUUUUUUUUUAGUUAUUUGGAAUAUAUUCAUAUUCUAAUAAACAGUUAUAGGGGGACUGUU